GUUAACUUUUCAGUCAGAGUUGCCUUUACAAAGUGUUAUGACUAGGGAAGAAGGUUACAGAGAAGAGUUCAGCUAUGACAGAAUGCCAACUUUGGAGCGGGGAAAGCAAGAGAAUGGAAAUUAUAUACCGGAUAUCAAAUCCAGUGACCUUCAGCUAUCAAAGAGGCUGCACCCCUGCUUUAUUUACAGAACGUGGAUCUUUUCUUUGCUGAUGGGUACUUGCCUCCUUAUUACCUCUGGGUUUUCACUGUAUCUGGGAAAUAUUUUUCCAUCUGAAAUGGAUUAUUUACGUUGCGCAGCAGGUUCAUGUAUUCCUUCAGCAGUUGUGAGCUUUGCUAUAGCAAGGAAUAAAAUUAAUGUGAUACCCAAUUUUCAGAUUCUGUUUGUCUCUACAUUUGCUGUUACAACAACAUGUUUAAUUUGGUUUGGAUGCAAACUUGUCCUGAAUCCAUCAGCUAUAAAUAUAAAUUUCAACUUGAUUCUACUUAUUCUGCUGGAAAUCUUCAUGGCAACUACUGUGAUCAUUUCAGCUAGAUCUACUGAAGACUGCUGUAUGAGAAAGAAAAAUGCCACAUACGAUGGUGCCAUUGCUUUGAGUAAUGUCAGCUUUCCUGCCCGAAUUCUGAAGUCAUACUCAGUAAUUGAAGUGAUAAUUGGAAUUUCAUCAGUAUUUGGUGGCAUAAUUGCUUUAAAUAUGGAUGUUCUGGUGUCAGGUCCAUAUCUUUCAGUAACAUUCUUUUGGAUCUUGGUUGCUUGCUUUCCUAGUGCUAUCGCAAGUCAUGUGGCUGCUGAAUAUCCAAGUAAAUGUCUGGUUGAGGUCCUGAUUGCCAUUAGCAGUGUCACAUCCCCAUUGUUGUUCACUGCUUCUGGAUACUUAUCCUUCAGUAUCAUGCAAGUUGUUGACAUCUUUAAAAGUUAUCCACCUGCUGUUAAACAGUCUUAUGAUGUACUACUGUUGCUUCUGAUGUUGAUGCUGCUAAUUCAGGCAUGCCUUACUAUCGGAACUGUAAUACAGUGUGUAAAUUACAAGACAAAAAUGAAACUGCAGGAUUCGUCCUGGACAGAAUCACAGGUUAAAAAACAGGAGUACAGAACUACAGAGGUUUCCAAUAAUACCUUAAAGGAUUUUGACAAAGACAAAGCCUGGAAAGCAGUUGUGGUGCAGAUGGCUCAGUAG